AUGAAGCUUGCGUAUCGUGGAAGAUCCUACUACACCAACGACAGCAUUUUAGAAACAUCACUUUCGAUCGAUGACAAUGACGAUUAUGACAAUAACGAACUCAAUGAACAAUGGACACUUAUUGACAGCCCUAACAACACCAAAUUCCCGAAAUACUCCACACCCGUCGCGCAAGAACUCUUAGCAAUAUUCAACGAGGGAAACAAUCGAUGGGAGUACGACGAAGUGAUAUUGGUUGAUGUCAAGCUGUGGCUCGAUAAGUCUAAUUAUCUGCCCGAGGUCGUGUUUAGGACGGUGUAUAAUCUUCGUCAUAAUUUGGAUUAUUUUUGUUUGUUGGCGUUUUUAUAUUUAUAUGGGGUUGGGACGUCGCCAAAUCCGACGGCUGCCUUUGGGUGGUAUAAAAAGGCAGCGGAAGCUGGAGAUGUAUUAGGGCAGAAUGAGACUGCUAUGUGUCAUCAGAUGGGCGCUGGGACAAAGCAAGAUCAUGUCAUGGCUUUUCUUUGGUAUUUGAAAUCAGCUACUGGUGGAUUUCCAGUAGCGCAAUACAAAUUAGCGUGGUCUUAUUUUAACGGCCGAGGCACAGACGCUGAUUUAAACAUGGCACUAUACUGGUUCGAGAAAAGUGCUCGUACUGGAUUCCAUGAUGCGCAGGAUCACUUGGGGUAUUGUUAUCAAGUAGGCAAGUUGUAG